AGCAACUGUAUGAAAAGCAAGACUAGAAGCUUCUCAUAGCUGGGUUUCAACAUCAUACAUAUGAACCAGCUGUAUGAGGCAUAUAGAAAGGUCUUUGUUUCGUUGUGGCCGGAUUGUAGUUUCGCUAACUCUAUGAUCACACGAUGGACGUGAAAUAGGUAGGAAAUAUAGCUCAAGUGAAAAGAUUCUCUCUCUGUAAUCUAGUUUGCUAUAAAUAUGAACACGAUGAAAGGAUUCAACAAACUUGUUCUCUGUUUGAUGAUACAGUUGUCUUCUGUGCUUGCCAUCGCAUCUUUGAAUUGUACGUUAACAGAAACCACUAAUGCUGGACCACAUUAUCCUGGAAAUUCUUCAGUUCUGUCAUUGCUUUGCGUUCAUGGCAAGACAUCAAACCAAACCGCCAAAGACUUGACUGUGACCAUCUAUUUACCACGAGUCCUUGUUUAUAAAACGUAUGCGUCAUCCAAGUCUCCAAGUAACUUUGUGAACUCCACCGCUCUUACAAUUGAGUUCCAAAGUCUUGAAGCGUCAGAGAAAAUAGAUGUUAACUUAACAGUGGAUAUCGACCCGUUCCGCAUAUCCAGACAAGGGUAUCUGUACAAGGUUGUGAUUCCAUAUGAAGUAGCGUACAGAACAAACUCGUCGACAUGUAAGGAAAAGACUACAACUGUCGCUCAAGCUGCUUUGACUUUUUAUUCGCCAAAGUGCAGUGGUUUCACAGCUCUCGGGAUGGAAUCUGGAGCUAUCAAAGAAAGCCAGCUCUCUGCCUCGAGUAUUAAGCUAGACAGCAAUGGUCAUAUGCUGUCGCCUAGUUUGGCUAGAUUGAAGCACAACACCUACUGGACCGUGGCCAACUAUCAAAAUAGCGUCAACAAUAACUUUAUUCAAAUCGAUUUUAGGAAAGUUGUGGCAAUUGAGGAGAUGGUGACACAAGGAUCGAUGUCCGAACAUGUGACCAGUUUCCGUAUUGAACACAGUAAAGAUGGUAUAACAUGGACUGAAUACAGACAAGAUGCCCGUACCAAGAUUUUUAAAGCAAACAGCCCAACAAAUCAAAUGGCAGAACAUCCUCUGUGGUUUCCAAUAGCAACGAGAUACCUUCGAAUUUUCCCGACAAAAUGGCAAAAAGAAAUAAGAUUCAGGGUUGAAUUUUAUGGCUGUGUGAAACAAGAUAUUUUGCAAGACGACCAGUCUUUAGGUAUGGAAGCUGGACAGAUCUUAUCCAAUCAAAUCAGUUCUUCGUCGAAUUUGGUGGGAACCCAGUCAAGCGCUGGACGUCUGAAUUACCCUGGACAAGGAUGGUGCGCGGCAACACAAGAUGAGCUACAAUAUCUACAAAUAGAUUUAUUAACAGACCACGUAAUUAAAGCGGUGUCUGUUCAAUCUGGUGGGUGUACCUUUGGUAGCUCAUGCCCUCUCAACACCGUAGAGUCUUUCUACUUGGCCAACAGUACAGACGGUACUAUAUGGGAUAUGUACAAAGAAAAUGGAGCAGAUAAGCUGUUUCUUGGUGCGUUGCAAAGCCAACCAACCAAACACACUCUGAUUCAAGCAAUCACAACACGUCUGGUUAGAUUUAAGCCGAAGACGUUUAGAACAAAGAUCUGCAUGAGAACAGAGAUUUAUGGUCAGGACGCCUCUCGAGCAAAUGGAGACGAGCUGCCAUUCUUCUCCCGUAGUUUUAUGCUUCUCCCAGAUGAUAACAUUUUGAUCAUGUGUAACGCAGAAAAUAAACGCAUGAGAUGUUUUUUGACAAGAGGUGCAUCAAGGCAUUGGCUUGGGUUUCCACUUGGUGUUCGAAGUCUUCUUGGGUACGACACUGUUAACGAUACUCUGUACGCCGUAGGAAUGAAGAGGAGCAUGGUAUUUCAAGUCAGAAAUAUACGAAGCACGAAUAUUAGCCUCAAGACGUAUUUUGUACCAAGAGCAUCCUGGGAGGAGGUGAAGGGUCUAGUUAGCACCAUCUGGGCCACCGAGGUCCCUUCUGUCCCUAUCACGGAUUCAUCCUCAGAUCAACCAUCUGAGACACUUCUAAAGCAAGCAACUAAUGGAGAUACAUGGGGUGCCUCAUCACAGGGUAUUCAUUACAAGCCUUCAGGAGGAGCCACAUUCAUUCUAGCUGCCUAUUGGAGGACUCGAAAAUUCGAUGGUUGUCUGAGUUCUCCUUGUUCCAAUGGUGGAACCUGUGUUCGUAAUGCAUCUUCAGUGGGGAAAUAUUCAUGUGUUUGUAAACACGGCUGGAGAGGUAGCAGCUGUAACACCGCAAUCAAAGCGUGUGAGUCCAGUCCUUGUCAGAAUAACGGCGCGUGUAUUGACACAGUCCAUGGAUUCUCCUGUAACUGUACAGACGAUUGGACUGGCGAAUUCUGUACCAUAUAUCAAAACCCAGCAUGGUUCUGCGAGGGAACAUGGAAAGCGAAUACGAAGACAUGCUACUGUGAUGUCAAAGAUUAUUGGGGAAGACACUGUCAAAAAGCUGCGCUCUAUAGGUUGGUCAAUGGACUCAACACCUAUGAGGGACGCGUGGAAUUGUUCUAUAACAACCAAUGGGGGACCGUAUGCGACGACAGCUGGAAUCUUAACGCAGCAAAAGUAUUAUGCAAAUCUCUCGGUUAUCCAGCCGCAACAGCUGCUCACGGCACCGCAUAUUAUGGUCAAGGGACCGGUCCUAUGAUACUAGACGACGUUAACUGCCUUGGCAAUGAAACACGCCUUGGGGAGUGCUCGAUGAAAGAGCCACUGAACAGUAACUGUGCACAUUCAGAAGACGCUGGGGCAGAAUGUAUACCGAAGUACAGACUAGCUAAUGGGAGUAAGCUGAAUGAAGGUCGAUUCGAAGUCUUUUACCUUGGAUCUUGGGGAACCGUUUGUGAUAGAGGUUGGAGCAAUGAUGCUGGGCUGGUUGCUUGUAAAAGUUUAGGAUACAGCUCAUUAAUCAGUUCCUUCUUGGGUGGACACUUUCCUCGAGGAGAUAACUCCAGCCAAGUAGUGUUUGACAAUGUUGUAUGUACUGGAAGCGAGGCAGAGUUAAGCUCGUGCAAGCACAGUGGAUGGGGAAUUAGCACCUGCAGCCACCAAAGAGAUGUUGGUGUGAAAUGCAAGCCAGGGAUGCGGUUAGUAGGCGGAACCACAGCCAAGGAAGGAAGAGUUGAAAUAUUUUAUCGGAAUAAGUGGGGAACUGUAUGCGAUGAUCACUGGACAUUAACGGAAGGAAAUGUGAUAUGCCGUAGCCUAGGGUACCAACAUGCGUCUUCAGUAACGAUCCAAGCUUCCUUUGGUGCGGGCACAGGAACCAUUUGGUUGGAUAAUGUGCACUGUUCUGGUUCUGAAGCGUCUAUUGAAGAAUGUCAACAUCAAGGAUGGGGAAUAAAUAACUGUGGUCAUACUGAAGAUGCUGGCGUUGUUUGUAGCUGAAGGCUUUAGUGCACAUCCCAAAUUGACUAUUACAAUAAAUCAAUCAAUCUUUAUUUAGUAUCGUAAGAGCAAACAAAUACUUAGAUUAAAUUGAAAAUAAUAAUGAUAAUAAUAAUAAUAAUAAUAAUAAUAACCCCAAAAACAACAACAGAACCCUUAUUGGUGCUGGCCAGCUGUAGUAGACAUAGGCUAGACGAGUCAGUUGACAUUUGCUACUCAUUUACUCACAGUUAUGCUGGUCGACGUUAUUCAAGAAUGGCUGCCACUAUUACUCCGUAUGUUUUUUUAACCAGCCACAUUGUUUGGGAAUUACCGCAAAGCCAUCAACAUUAACCGUGCAUGAACAAUAGAUAUAUUACCGAUUGUUCACUUACGAUAGGAGGUCUGAAUUUUUGACUGAAACAAAUGUGUCGUAGUAGAUAAUUUUAUCACCGUAGGUACGAAAGAUAGUAGACUGACGUUUCGGACGUUAGUCCUUCGUCGGAGUCAAUGAGAGAAAGAGAAUGAUGGAGGGGUUUAUAUAGUUGUGUAGGGAGAAAACAAACCAAUGAGAAAAAAGGAAGUCGAAAAACAAAAGAGAACAAAGGGAUCGAAAAUAGUAAUGGCAGGUGAGAAGUGGCUAAUCAAAGGUGAAGCGUUCAUUCAUCCCGUGCGGAUGUGCCAAGCGAAUGAAGCGCAUUUCUUUUGUAUUACGUGAAUUAUUGCUACCGUGUUUUAAGCAAAGACCAAAAACAUUAGCAUUAGUUUCCGAGUGGUUCGCAAAAUUAAAAUGUCGAGAAAUGGGUUUAGAGAGAUCUUUCUCGCAAAGGUGGUCUCUGAAACGAUCACCUAAUCUUCGUCCAGUUUCUCCAACAUACAGCAUGUUAAAAUAAGAGCAUUGAAUGCAAUAGAUGAUGUUAGAUGAAGUACAGUCAAAAUGAUUCUUUAUAUUAAAGGUAGAUUUAGGACCUUUAACUGUUAACAGAUCGACUCUACGACAAGAGCUGCUUGACUACGAGCACGUUCUCUUAAAACGACGCUGAACAAGCUGAUUACAUUACGCUCGACCACGUCGUCACAGGUAUUUUUUUACAAUACCACGCGCGCCUUCAAUCGCGUCGGUGGUAAUUACGAGGUGUAAAUCGGUAAAUCUAAAUCAAAUCGCAUAAAAAUUUAAAUCUAAAUCAAUCAAAAAAGAGGUUUCUUCCUACUAGUGUCACUCUUGUCACAGCCUCUCACUUUGUCAUGAAUGUUUUGAAACAUUUCGUAAUCAAAACUUGUUGUUUAAAUUCUUGUUUGAUUCAUAGCCAUAUCAAUAUAUCUGAAAAUCUAAACCACAAUAAAACACAAUGGCAAAUUGAUUUACGUACAGUAGUUAACAUUGCAACAUAAAUGCAUUUAUUGGGGAAGGAAGGUUACCACCAUUAUCGUUGAAGUGCAACCCUCUAAUAUCAAUGUCUCGUUUGCCGACUAGCAAUUCGAUCGACGGCCGUCAAUCAAAGAACUGAAAUAUAAAAAAAACCUAUCUUAAGGGAGAUUUUAGACUAAAUUUUAAUCUUUAACAAGAUUUAGAGGAUUAGUGAGUUAAAAUCUAUUGACAGUCGCCAAAAUGCUAGUCGGCAAAGAGGACAAUAAAUUUUGCGGGUCGCACUUCAACGAUGAUGGUAGUAAUGUUAAUUAGUAUUUGCUUCGUACUUGCU